UUUAAGUGAAAGUUUGUUAAGGAAGAGCCGAACUCACGUUUUAUUUGUGUAUGUUGUACUAAUAUUGUGAUGGAUGACGUCAAAGAAAGGACACUUUGGUGCGGGAACCUAUCGGAAGAAGUAACAGAAGAACUUUUAUAUGAGUUAUUUUUGCAAGCUGGCCCAUUGGAAAAAGUCCACAUAGCAAAAGACAAAGAUGGUCGUAGGAAAAACUAUUCAUUUAUACAAUUCAAGCAUGAAGAGUCAGUGCCAUACACCAUAAAACUCAUGGCUGGAACAAAACUUUUUGGCAGACCUCUUAAUCUGCAGGCCAGGACUGGGGCUUCUCAUGGAAAUGUCACAGCAACACCACUUGGUGGUCAGAUGCAAAACUACAAUAAUUAUAACCUUGGACCCCCACAAAAUAGAGGGUAUAAUCCAAAUAUGAAUAUGGACAUGCAAGGACAACAACAUAUGAUGGGGAAUAUGAUGCAGCAAAAUUGGCCUAAUAUGCAACAGCAACAACAGCAAGGAUUGUUGGGACAUGUUCCUGGACGAAACACGCCAAACCAAAGUCCACAGGCCAUAGGACAACCAUGGUUUGAUCAACAACAACCUGGUAAUCCUAAUUUCCAAAUGGACCAGCCCCUGGAUCCCAUACAGCUAGAGCUAAAGAGGCAGAGGCUAAUGCAGCAAAUGGGGAUGGCAACUCAGCUGCAUCAGCAGUAUCAGCAACAGCGUCAGCAGUAUCAGCAACAGCAUCAGCAACAUCAGGCUGGGAGACACGGAGGACAUCAUCAACAACAUCAGCAACGUCAUCAUCAGCAUCAUCAUCAUCAUCGGCAUGGCAGUAGAGGGAGCCCACAGAGGCCACCACGGCAGAGUGGAAAUUACAGGCAGAACUUUCAGUAGCCACUUGAUUAUAUAAUUUAUUUUUUAAUUGAUGUGGAGAUACUGUGAUGUUUAAAUACAAAGCGAUGCUGAUUUAUUGAUUAUAAUGAGAAACAACUUAAAGUUUAUUUCUUGCAUUUUAGUAUUUUUUCUGUCUUCGGCUUUGUUAAGUCAUAUUUUCAUUUGCAUAUAUAAUUAAAAAGGCAUUACUGUACGUGAUACAUGUAAUAUUGGACAAGUCGCCAUAUCUCAAUUCUAAGGUUGAGGUGGUGGAGAUAUACUUGUGUUUGUUCAAUUUUUUAUAUUUUGUUUUAAACUAUGACGACAACUACUGUUUGAAGUAAAUCCAUAGUCACGUUUAUAGGUCGCAAUUUUAAUGAAGAAUGAAUUACAAGUUUUUAUGGUUCUGAAUCCUUUUUUUCCCCGUAAAGAAUAAUAAAGAGAUUAUCUUAGUA